AUGUAUCGAGCACAAUCUGCUGUCCAUCAUGAAACGGGCAGACCAUCUUCUGAAGCGAACACAUUAUCUUCUGGAACGAAUAGAUUAUCCUAUGAUGUUGAUGCUCAUGAAAAAGCAAUUUAUCGUCUUCAAGCACAAAAUGAUCAACAACGAACACAAUUUAUUAUUGAUACAUUUUCAAAGUUUUUCCAAGCUGGCAUUCGUGAAAAUCCAACUGCAUUUCGUGGUCGUUUUCGUAAAAUGGCUUCUUCACCGUUUAAAUUCUAUCGUGGAUCAGCAAUUUUAUUUUAUCAAGAUUUGAAAACCGAUCAAGAUCGAUUUAUUGCAAGAAAUAAGGCUGCAGGGCAAGUCUUUAUUCAUGGUGAUUUACAUGCAGAAAAUUUUGGUACAUAUUUAGAUAAUCAUGGUAUUCUUAAUUUUGAUGUAAACGAUUUCGAUGAAGGUUAUGUUGGUCCGUUUACGUGGGAUGUUAAACGUUUAUUAGCGUCGCUGAAUUUAGUAUGCUACGAGAAAGGCUUUUCAGAUAAAGAAAUCGAACAUACUCUUAUUGUUUGUGUUGAAGAAUAUUUAAAACAAGUUUAUGACUUUUGCCGACAUCAAAAAGAACAUUUCGCAUUAACAUUACAAAAUACAUCUGGCAAAAUUAAAACACUAUUAAAUGAAACUCGCAUUAAAUCUCAUGUUGCACAUUUGGACUCCAUGACAUCGAUCGAAAAUUAUGAUCGAAAAUUUAUACGAUCUAAAGAAAUGAAAGAUAUUGAUGUUAAUUUACGUGACGAUUUAAUGCGUGCUUUUAGAAAAUAUUUAGAGACAGUGCCCGAAUCGAAAAAAACCGCUCGUAAAAGUGAAAACAAUCAAUUCACAUAUAGAGUCAAAGAUAUUGUAGCACGUUCAUCGCCUGGUAUUGGAUCAGCUGGGAAAACGUCGUAUUCAUUUCUCAUCGAAGGACGAUCGGAAACACUUGAAAACGAUGUCAUACUUUAUAUGAAACCAGCACAGAAAUCUGCUGUUUCCUAUGUUGUACGAAAUCCAACUAUAGAAGAAUAUUUUAAACAUGACGGUUUACGAACAGUUUUAUGCUCGUAUGCAAUGCAAGCAUCUACACCUAAAUGGUUAGGUUAUACAACAUUAGGUACAGUGCCAUGUUUAGUUGAUGAAGCUACAGCACAUUCAGAAGAUCUCGAUUGGUCUGAGAUUCAGGAAUUUAAAGAUGUUGUUGAAGUUGUUCAAUAUCUUGGACGAGCUACGGCAAAAAUUCAUUGUGUAGCUGAUGCGGAUUGUGUAAAUAGACCGAAAGAUGUAUCAAACUUACCAUUUUCAAUUAUACCAUUACACACUGAAAAAACUAUACGUGAUGCUGUUGCAGGACGUGAUGAUGACUUUAUUCAAGAUAUGGUAGAAUUUGGCAUGGUUUAUGGUGAACAAGUACGACGUGAUCAUCAUCUAUUUUUUGAAGCAUUUCGUAAUAAUCGAAUUCCCGGCCUCUAA